AUGGACCUAAGAGAUAUCAAAGGGACCUCCCAGGAGCAGGGCCAAUUACAUCAGAAGCUAUGGGAACUUAACCAAACAUAUACACCAGGGAACGUAUUGCCUAGUGCUAGUGACUUAUCGCGAGCCAGAGCAUCCCUACCAGAAUUUCUCCCUGCUGAAGGAACGGGAUUCGAAAGUGCCACCCAGCAUAUCCUUAAUGACUUGGUCCCAGCCUUCAAUCGCAGCAGCAUAAGUCCUAAUUAUUACGGAUUUGUCACCGGAGGCGUUACCCCGGCAGCCCUAUUUGCAGACAACCUGGUCACAGCUUACGAUCAGAAUGUUCAAGUGCACCUUGCAGAGCAUUCUAUAUCUACAGACGUUGAAGCCACUGCUCUCGGUCUGCUUUCCGAUCUCCUGAAACUGGAUCGGCGCAGCUGGAAUAACGGGACGUUUACCACUGGGGCCACAGCCAGCAAUGUUCAUGGAUUGGCUUGCGGGAGAGAGUUUGUCCUCCGCGCUGCUGCCAAGAAGAGUGGAAUCGAUAUUGAAAGCGUUGGUGAAUAUGGCUUGUUCGAAGUCAUCCAAGCUACUGGACUCUCUGGUAUCCAAAUUCUCUCGACUAUGCCUCACUCUUCGUUGGCAAAGGCCGCUGGAAUCCUUGGCAUAGGCCGUGCCAACGUUAAGAGCAUUUGUCGGGAUAAUCAUUACCUUCAGAUCGACUUUGGACGACUUGAAGCGGAACUGAAAGCCAAUAAGGCGAGUAUCGUCGCUGUCUCCUGUGGAGAGGUCAAUACUGGACAUUUUGCGACGUCAAGCUUGGCUGAAAUGAAAAGCCUGCGUAGCCUCUGUGACAAGUACGGGGCCUGGCUUCAUGUCGAUGGUGCUUUUGGAAUCUUUGGCCGGAUUUUGAACGGUGCCGAAUUCUCUGCUAUAUCAAAGGGGUGCGAAGGUAUGGAGCUAGCAGAUUCGAUCGCAGGUGACGCUCACAAAUUUCUGAACGUGCCAUAUGACUGUGGCUUUGUCCUUUGUCGCCAUCCUGGUGAGGCUGAGAAGGUUUUCCAAAAUGCAAAUGCGGCCUACCUGUCUGGGGGCCAGUCUGGAGCGCUCUCAAUACCUUCUCCACUAAACAUCGGUAUGGAGAAUUCGAGACGAUUCAGAGCGCUGCCGGUGUAUGCCUCACUAUUGGCAUAUGGCCAGGUUGGGUAUCAGGAGAUGCUACAGAAGCAAGUCCGGCUUAGUCGAAUGAUUGCAGGCUGGAUAUUCGAUCAUCCCAAGUACAAUGCUUUGCCAGAGUUGGCAAGCAAGGAUGAGUUGCUAGACCAGACCUACAUCAUAGUGCUGUUCAGCGCAAAGGACGACGAGUUGAACGGCAACUUAACCAAGGAGAUAAAUGCGACUUCUAAGCUUUUUGUGUCUGGAACCUCCUGGCAAGGAAGACCGGCUUGUCGCAUCGCAAUCUCAAACUGGAGGGUGGAAGAAGAAAGGGACUUUGCACUUGUGACAGAUGUCUUGGACAACGUGGCUGGAAAAGUAUAG